AUGAAACCACAGUGUGUUGUCUGUUUGAAAGUACUGACUGCAGAAUCUUUCAAAAAGAGUCAAUUGAAGAAACACUUGAAUAAUUUGCACCCACACCUGUCUUCCAAACCGCAGGAAUACUUUGUAAAUUUGGAAAUGUCUGUCAAAAAACAAAGACUGAACAGCAACUUGAGAAGUACAUUCGAUCAAUGUUCAGCAUCAAUGGCCAGCUUUGAAGUGGCCUGGUUGAUUGCCCGAAACAAGAAACCACAUACUAUUGGUGAGCAAUUGGUUAAACCAGCAGCUUUGAAAAUGGCAGAGAUUGUAUGUGGUCAUAAAGAAGCUGCGAAACUAAAUUCAGUGCCCUUGUCUGCAAAAGUUGUGAAAGAAAACAUUUCUAUUUUAGCAGAAAAUGUGAGGGAACAAGUUAUUUCUUCAACAAAAGAGAGUAAAUGCUUUGCUAUUCAGCUUGAUGAAACUACAGAUGUCAGUAGUAAUUUGAGGCUGAUGGUGUAUGUUCGCCACAAAGGUUUACAUGCAAUUGAAGAGGAGCUGUUGUUUUGUUCUCCUCUUGAGUUGAGAUCUCGUGGAAUUGAUGUCUUCAGUAAAAUUAAUUAA